AAGGGAAAAGGAAUGAGCUACGGCAUAUCGUCGCAGGCUGAAACUCUAUAGCCCUCUUGGUUUUGCAAUUGGCGGAACGCCGACGAGUCUCCUGCUGAAGGAGGGCAAAGAGCGCAAAAGCCCUAGAAUCAGCUGCCAAUCCUCACCUGCUGAAGAGCCUCGCUCAAAUCUGGGUUCUUAAGAUGACAGAGGUGGCGAGCUCAGUGGUGCACGAGGUCCUGGGACCGAGAACUCAGGACGUGGAUCAGCCCAUCAUUGACUACAUCAUCAAUGUCCUUGCCGACGAGGAUUUCGAGUUUGGCGAGGAUGGGGAAGGAGCUUUCGAGGCCCUUGGUGAGCUUCUCGUUGGUGCCGGCUGCGUUAGCGACUUCGCCGAGUGCCGCACGGUUUGUAUUAAAAUUUCUGAGAAGUUUGGAAAGCAUGGAAUGGUCAAAACUAAACCGACUAUGCGCAGUCUUGUGACACCCUUGAGAAUGAAUGAAGGAAUGGAUGAAGUGGAGGUUCCAAAGAAGAAGCCUGAAGUUACUGAUGGUCCUGUACUGACCGAGCGCGACCGAGCAAAACUAGAGAGGAGAAAGAGGAAGGAGGAGCGUCAAAGAGAGGCGCAAUACCAAAUGCAUUUAGUUGAAAUGGAGGCAGCCAGAGCAGGAAUGCCUGUAGUAUGUGUAAAUCACGACAGUGGCUCUGGACCUGCAGUCAAGGAUAUUCAUAUGGAGAAUUUCAAUAUCUCUGUUGGUGGUCGUGAUCUCAUUGUGGAUGGUACAGUUACACUGUCAUUUGGAAGGCAUUAUGGUCUUAUUGGAAGAAAUGGUACGGGGAAGACAACUUUUCUUAGGUACAUGGCUAUGCAUGCCAUUGAUGGCAUUCCUAAGAACUGCCAGAUAUUACAUGUAGAGCAGGAAGUUGUUGGUGAUGAUACUUCAGCGUUGCAGUGUGUUUUAAACUCGGAUAUUGAGAGGACCCAACUUUUGCGAGAGGAAGCGCAUCUUCUAGCCCAACAGAGAGAAUUUGAGUCUGAGGAUGGAAAAAGCAAUGCAGCUACUGACAAAGAUGGCAUUGCGCAAAGGCUUGAAGAGAUAUACAAAAGACUUGAGUUUAUUGAUGCUUAUUCAGCAGAGGCACGUGCUGCUUCCAUUCUUGCGGGCUUGAGUUUCUCCUCAGAAAUGCAGCGGAAGGCAACAAAAACCUUUUCAGGAGGUUGGAGAAUGCGUAUUGCUCUUGCACGUGCAUUGUUCAUAGAGCCUGAUUUGUUACUACUUGAUGAACCAACAAACCAUCUUGAUCUUCAUGCUGUUCUCUGGUUGGAAUCCUACCUUGUGAAAUGGCCUAAAACAUUCAUCGUUGUUUCUCAUGCUAGAGAAUUUCUGAACACGGUAGUCACUGAUAUCCUUCAUCUUCAAGGGCAAAAAUUAACAACCUACAAAGGUAACUAUGAUACGUUUGAGAGGACAAGAGAAGAACAACUUAAGAACCAACAAAAAGCAUUUGAGGCAAAUGAACGUACACGAUCCCAUAUGCAGUCGUUUAUUGAUAAGUUCCGAUACAAUGCAAAGAGGGCCUCUCUUGUUCAAUCAAGGAUCAAGGCUCUGGAGCGAAUUGGUCAUGUGGAUGAAGUUAUAAACGAUCCCGACUACAAAUUUGAGUUCCCAACUCCAGACGACAGGCCAGGUCCACCAAUAAUAAGUUUCAGUGAUGCAUCAUUUGGCUAUCCAGGUGGACCCAUAUUGUUUAAGAAUCUGAACUUUGGGAUUGAUCUUGACAGUCGAAUAGCAAUGGUUGGCCCAAAUGGCAUUGGUAAAUCAACCAUACUCAAAUUAAUUGCAGGGGAACUUCAACCGACCUCUGGAACUGUGUUUCGUUCAGCUAAGGUUCGAAUAGCUGUCUUUAGUCAGCACCAUGUUGAUGGGUUAGACUUGUCUUCAAAUCCUCUUCUGUACAUGAUGCGUUGCUUCCCAGGCGUGCCAGAACAGAAGCUCCGAGCUCACUUGGGUUCAUUUGGUGUAACUGGAAAUCUUGCACUUCAGCCGAUGUACACGCUCUCCGGUGGUCAGAAAAGCAGAGUUGCCUUUUCCAAGAUUACAUUCAAGAAGCCACACAUAAUAUUGCUUGACGAGCCAUCCAAUCAUCUGGUUAGUCACGACGAGCAUCUGAUAUCAGGAAGCGUUGAGGAGCUGUGGGCGGUGUCAGAAGGUAAAGUAAAUCCCUUCCGUGGCACAUUCCAAGAUUACAAGAAGAUAUUGCAGUCCUCGUAGAGAAACUCAGCGAUUGGUAUAAAAUGAAUUUGGUUCCUUCUGGUUGUGAGAUAAUAUUAAUAUAUGAGAUGAUCUGUGCGCUUGAUGAGUUUCAACAGUUCUGCAGUUUUAUAUAUGAAUAUACAUGCGGGCAUCAAAAUUGCCUGGAAAAAUGCCAUUUUGAAAGUGUAGCACAGCUUUACAAACUUUUACAAUUUAAUAUAUUCUUUUUCUGACUUGCCAA